AUGCUUCGCGUCGACGACCUCAUCGCCGAGCUCUGCCUUCUGCCGGCCAAAGUCCUCGGCAAGAAGAAGCGCAAGGAAUUCCAGACGGUGGAGCUGUUGGUGCGGAUGGACUGCGAGGGAUGCGAGCGCAGGGUCAAGAAGGCAUUGGAGGACAUGAAAGGCGUGAGCAGCGUGGAGGUGGACCCGAAGCAGAACAAGGUAUCCGUGUCCGGGUACGUGGAGGCGUCGGAGGUGAUGGAGCGGCUGCGGCGGCGGGCCGGGAAGGAGGCGCAGCCGUGGCCCUACGUGCCGUACGAGGUGGUGCCGCACCCCUACGCCCCGGGCGCCUACGACAAGAAGGCGCCGCCCGGGUACGUCCGCAACGUGCUCGACGACCCCGACGCCGCGCCGCUCGUUAGGGCCAGCUCCAUGGAGGAGAGGUACACCACCGCCUUCAGCGACGACAACCCGAACUCCUGCGCCGUCAUGUGA